GUGGACGGAAAAGGGAGCGAGAGGAUAGGAUUAUAACAACAGGUGAGUUGCAAUGUAGGAUUACACUAGACAGACAGAGCGAAUCAGCCCGAGGGACUGGAGCAGCAUGAGACAGCGGCACAAGUGAGGACAAACGCAAAGGAAAUCCGAAGAGGGAAAAGCACAAGAAUUACAUACAAUUUAUAAAAUAGACUUCCAGUUCAUCCAAAGCGGGGGAAAACAAGUGAACGGACAUGAUGGAGCCGGAUUUGGAGAGGAUUAUUCAAAGCAUUGCAGAGGAGGACCAGGAGGUCUUUCUGGCAGAGCUCCAGAAGUAUAACGAUGAGUUUAGGCGUAAUAAAGUAAGAGAUUAUGUCCCCAGCUCUGACUCGGACCUCGACUCCGAUGGCAGCGAGACCCCUGAGCUCAUUCUCAGACAGAAAUUGGCAGCUGCCCUGAUCCGGUACGUCAGGAGUCAGUGGCAACCUCAGGUGCUUAAGGUAUGCCUUCGCACCCUACGCAUCUUGUCCCGUGAUUGGCAAGCCUUGGGGUCCCUACUCACCGAUACGGCCCUGCUCACGCUGGCCAGGCUGGGGGGCAUCAAUGCACUCUCUGUGAUGGACGAGGAAGACAGCAGCAUGAAUCCCAGCUGUGGAGACGGUACCACUGGCCUCUCCACAGGGACAGAUGAUGAGCCCAGCUUGAACACACACACUGAUGGGGUCAAACCCCAUGCUGGAUGUCACACCCAGAGUCAUGAGUCUAAUGUGAACAGUGAGACUCGGUCCCAGCAACCAGGCGACCAGCAGAGUGAAUCUAACAUCAACACAGACACAUAUACCCAAGAAACAUACCACAUUUCCGCUGGUGCACAUACGAGAAGAAACACGCACGAGUGCCUCGUCAGAGGAAAGAGAGACAGCAGAGCGAAGGGUGACGACGAGGAAGACAAGGAGGAAGGAGAAGUGUGGAGGAAGGAGGCCAUGAAGACUUUGUGCAACAUUGUCUACAACAGUAGUUGGGCGCAGGAGAGAGCCAGUGCACUGAGUCUUCUACCAGGUUUGUUAGACAAGCUGGAACAGGGCACUCGGGCUGCAGCACCUCCCAGUGGACAAUUUUAUGAACUGCGGCUCCUUUUCCUCCUGACAGCACUGAGACCAGAACUGAGAGUUCAGCUGCAAAAGGAAGGGGGAGUGUCCCUGCUGACCACUGCCUUGGAAAAGUGUUUAUCGCCACAGUGGAAGAACUUCCAUGAGGCUGUACCGGAUCCCUCAGGUCCCCCAGUCUCCACAGAACUGUCACAGUGCGCCACUGAAAUUCUCAAGAUCCUGUUCAACGUCACAUACAGCAAUCGCAGGCAGCAGCCCGAUGAUGAAAGUGCUGCUCUCUACCGCCACCUUGCGGCUGUGCUGCGCCACAGCCUCUUACUGUCCUGCGAGAGAGAUGAGAGUACAGAGGAGCUACAGAGUCACGCCGUGAACCUGCUGUCCGCCCUCCCCCUCGAGUGUCUGGACGUGCUGCUGUCGGUGCCCUUGUCAGGGGGCUCACUGGAAUGGGAGGGCUUCAACAUGGACUGUGUCCAUGCCCUCAUGCUCUUCAUGGAGAAGCAGCUGAACAAGACUGAGAAGCUCAAAGAGAGGCUCACACCCGUCCUGAACCUGCUCACAGAGAGCUGCCGGGUCCACAGACAGACGCGGCAUUACCUGCGACGGCAGAUCCUGCCCCCGCUGCGGGACGUGUCCGUCAGGCCCGAGCAGGGGGACUCGGUGAAAAGCCGGCUGGUGCGGCUCAUGACCCACGUAGACACGGACGUGAAGGACUGCGCGGCGGAGCUGCUCUUUGUGCUCUGCAAGGAGAACGUGAGCAGGUUCGUCAAGUACACGGGCUACGGCAACGCGGCCGGCCUGCUGGCUGCGCGGGGGCUGCUCAGGGGAAGAGGGAAGGGUUCGAACCCCCAAGGCGAGUACUCGAGCGACUCCAACUCGGACACAGAGGAGUACAAGCAGGCCAAGGCACGGAUCAACCCGGUGACGGGGCGCGUGGAGGAGGACCAUCCCGACCCCAUGGAGGGUAUGACAGAGGAAGAGAAGGAGGAGGAAGCGCAAAAGCUCAUCAGUAUGAUCAACAGACUGUCGCGAGACCAGAUCAACGAACCCAUGGCUGUGACUCCCGAAGGGAAGUUAGCACCGUUGGAACUGCCGAAACAGGAGGCGCUGGCAGAAGACAGGCAGUCCGAAGAGGACAGCGAAGAAGAAGACAAGUGAGGGUGGAAACCAAUAGGUGUCUUCUAGAUGGAGCACCUGAGUAAAGGAAAAUUGGGGCGACGCUCCAACGAGCACUUAGGAAACCAUAUUAAGAAAAUCCUGGACAACUUAGACUGGAUUUACCUCAAAAAUUACUCAGAUAAAAUUAGUGAAAUACUUUUACACAAUAAAUUGAUUAGAAAUGCUUAACGUGGCAGAGCCGUGGUGAGGUUCGCUGCACACUCUUGUUGGUCAUAAACAUAUCAAUAAAGGCUCAAGUUGUCAUCAUA